GGAGAUUGACCUAGAGAAGCCUCGCGCGAAGAAGCAAAAGGUCUAAGGCAUUCUUCCUUGGACUACUCUGGCUUUUCGGCCAACCGUGCCCAGGCGCGUACUCAUACCAUGUCUCGUGUUGUAACUGUUAUACAGUAUCUACGUGCGAAUUUAUAUAGAUAUCUUGGUGUGACGUUAACCCCAUGGUGGCCCACGGCACCCCCCGAUGACCGCAGCAAGUCGAACCAGUGCCCGCGAGCUCGAGGAAAUGGGGUGCGGAUGAAGGCCGUUUCAUGCCGGCUUCGUUCUUAUUAUACAUCCCACUCCGAUCUGAUGUGGCGUAGUGGAGCCGGCAAACCAAAUAAUCCAACUUUUGAACUGGCGCUCGCCGCUAGCUUUUCUUGCCUCUAACCGCCAUCGUCGACGCCGUCCUCACUGUCCUUCCUUUAUCCAGCGAGCCCGCCGUCGACGGACAUGUUCUUCCAGCGCGCUCUUACGCUCCUGCCCCUUAUCGCCGCCCCCGCCCUCGCGGCGGCGGCUC